AUGACCUGCUGGCUGUGCGUCCUGAGCCUGCCCCUGCUCCUGCUGCCUGCGGCACCGCCCCCGGCUGGAGGCUGCCCGGCCCGCUGCGAGUGCACCGCGCAGACCCGCGCCGUGGCCUGCACGCGCCGCCGCCUGACCGCCGUGCCCGAAGGCAUCCCGGCCGAGACGCGCCUGCUGGAGCUCAGCCGCAACCGCAUCCGCUGCCUGAACCCGGGCGACCUGGCCGCGCUGCCCGCGCUGGAGGAGCUGGACCUGAGCGAGAACGCCAUCGCGCACGUGGAGCCCGGCGCCUUCGCCAACCUGCCGCGCCUGCGCGUCCUGCGUCUCCGUGGCAACCAGCUGAAGCUCAUCCCGCCCGGGGUCUUCACGCGCCUGGACAACCUCACGUUGCUGGACCUGAGCGAGAACAAGCUGGUCAUCCUGCUGGACUACACGUUCCAGGACCUGCACAGCCUGCGCCGGCUGGAGGUGGGUGACAACGACCUGGUGUUCAUCUCGCGCCGCGCCUUCGCGGGGCUGCUGGCCCUGGAGGAGCUGACCCUGGAGCGCUGUGAGAUCCGUGCCCACCUGCUGCCCUCCAAGGCCUGCCGCCCCCGGACCCCUGGGUCCCGCUCCACCGACCCACAGCCCCUGCCCCCACCCCUGCCCAAGAAAAUCCUAACCCGGACCCAGUCACUGCCCAACCGCAGGACCCCCCAUGCCAGCUCCAUCCAAGUACAGCUGCCUCGGAGGCCCUUUCUGGGGUCCCACAGUGUGGACAAGAGCCAGGCUGAGGUGGGACCAGCUUGUCCCCCUGCAGAGCUGACCUUUGGCCUGACUGAUGCCCCGCUGGGCCUCUCUCUCCGCAAUCUGCACAGUCCAGAGGCUGUGCACGCCGCAUUGGCUGCCCGGCAGCUGCAGGGCCUCCAUGCCAUCUAUGCCCGGCUCCGUGCCCGGUUCAUGGGGGGCCACCCCGGGCCCUGCCGCCCUGGCCACGGCUUCCGCCUCCUGGACAGCUCACCCUGCGCAGAGAGCGGGGAUGCCCUGUACUACCGCGUGGUGCGCGUGCAUGACGACGCCUGGCACAUCCUGGUCGCCAAGGUACCCAAGCCCGGGGCGGACGUGCCCCACCCGUGGGGCCUGGAGCUGCAGGCCUCCCUGUCUCCACACUUCAAUCUGCAGGGGUUGUGUGGCGUGGUGCCUGAAGGCACACUGCCCGGGGCGCCCUGGAGAGAGCGGGCCGCAGGUGGGGAAGCGCCCAGCCUCGAGGACUGGCUGUGUUGCGAAUACCUGGCCGAGGCCACCGAGUCCUCUAUGGGCCAGGCCCUGGCGCUGCUGUGGGACUGA